AUGUUGUUUAUUACUAUCAUUUUACUGGUGAAUCUCCUCAUGGAGACUUCUGUGUCGUUCACUGUAGUGGUUCCUGGUGAUCCUGUAGUGGCUCAUGUGGGAUCCACAGUGAUUCUGUCCUGCUGGAUCAAUCCUCCUGAGAACGCUGAAGCUCUGGAGAUCCGCUGGUACCAUCAGGAUCAGUUCAACAACCCUGUUCUCCACUAUAAAGAUGGGAAGAUCCAGAACAUCCAGGAGAAAUCACACAGGAACCGAAGCUCUUUGAUGCGGUGGUCAGGUCAGUCUGGUGGACUGAAGGAUGGAGACGUCUCUCUACGGCUGGACAAACUCACACUUCAGGAUGAAGGUUCAUUUAUCUGUUAUGUGAGUGGAGACACAGCAUAUGACAGCCAAGAAGUGCUUCUCAACAUCAUAAGUCCAUCAGAUGCAUCAGGCCCAUGGAAGGCUCGUUUCUUCACCGUUCUCAUUGUUCUCAUUUGUUUGAUUCUGGGUUUGGUUGGGUUGAUCCUAUACAAGUACAAACAAAGAGACAAACUACCAGGGAAGAAACCAGCUGAAGAAAAGUGUGAGGACGAAACUAUGGAGAAACUGACAAAAGAAGACUGUGAGGCGGAAACUAUGGAGAAACUGUCAAAAAAAGGUAACAAUGAAGUUUGUUUGUUAAACUCUUACUGACACCGAGACCUGAACGACUGGGAGUUCUGUUAGAUUGUGAUGUCCGUCAGCUGUCAUUUU